GCGCAAUUAGAAUGCCACGUACUGCCUCCCGCGCUUCACAUUUUUAGCUCCAAAUUUCCCCUCCCUCCCAACAGCCAACUAGAACCUCCGAGUGAAGAAGGCCGGCCAUGGCCGCCGUGGCUAGCACCACUUCUAUCCUCAACAACUUUCCAAGAAUCAACAAAUUUAAAGAAAGCCCUUUUCUCAAUUAUCUCUCCAGAGGGGUUUUCCCCACUGAGAAUUGCGCGAGACCCUCAAAAAUGACAAUUUGCUGGUCCCAAAUGAAAAUGGUUAAACCCAAUAGCUUCAACAACACUUCUUUUGUGAAUCAUAAUGGUAGAAUUUACAACAGGCUUGAGUCUUGUUUGGUCAUUCCUCCUCCAAGAGGGAAAAAACCCAAAGCCAUUAUUAAAUUUUUGGGAGGUGCUUUUGUUGGAGCUGUCCCUGAAGUUACUUACAGCUAUUUGCUUGAGCAACUGGCAAAUGAAGGCUAUUUCAUUAUCUCGGUGCCAUAUAAUGUGACGUUUGAUCAUGAAAAAGUUACUAGGGAGAUUUAUGAGAGGUUUCAUGCUGGCUUUGAUUUGAUUUUGGGGUCUGAAUUGCCAGAAUAUGGCCUUUCACCUGAUGAUAUUGUUGAUCUUCCACUUCACUCGGUUGGCCAUAGCAAUGGUGCACUUCUACAAGUGCUUACUGGAAGUUAUUUUUGUGAGAAUAUACCCAAGGCAAAUGCAAUAAUAUUGUUGGGUUGUGAAGACUUUGAAUUUCUACUGCACCAUGAGGAAACACAUUAG